AUGCGUGCUAGUAGCUAAUAUACUCUUUAUAAAAACACUUAACGUUGAAUGGCGUUGUUGAUACCAGUAAUAGUAAAUACAGAGGUGUUUGUACACUACUUAAUUAAAUAUGUAGUAGAGGUAAGAGGAAUGUGUAAUUUGUGGUGGAUGUGAUAUCUCUUCAGCUGUCUUGCGGAUAUGGGAAUUUUAUAGUAUUUAUUUGUUUUAUUGAUAUAUUUAACGAUUAUGGCUGAUUGUAACGGUUACAGACAUACCUUGAAUUUCGAAAGUGAGACAUAUGUUACUUAUUUAGCUUCAGAUUAUUUAGAAUUUCAUUUAAGACUUAAAGGGUUAGAUUCUUCGUUGUAUUUUCCAUCGAGUAUCACUAACUGUAGUAACAAGCUAACUGGAGAUAAGGUUUCUAUGAAAAUUCGCUUACUUGGCAAGGAAAUGGACAAGCAUUUUAGUGAACAAUUCACCGAAAUACGUAGCAAACUUGAUAUUACAACUACUUCGUUAAAGACGGCGUUUUUCGGCGUGAGUAAUGAACUUUUUAGUGAAGGUAUUACAUGGAUAAAUAUUGUUACUCUUUUCGUUUUUUCUGGUGAGAUGGCAGUUACCUGUAUUGAAAAUGGUUGGUUUUAUCAUGUGAAUAACCUAGCCCAUUGGCUUGCAUCGUAUAUCUGUAACCAUCUUGUAGCGUGGAUUCAAGAUCAUGGCGGUUGGGAUGGAUUGGUUGAAUAUACAGAGAAUCGAGAAGAGCAAAGGAAUGAAUCAUCUUGGCCAGUUUUUAAGAGGUUUUGUGGAGUUGCUGCUGGUCUGGGAGCCCUGACUCUUGGAGCUUUUUUUGCAUCCAAGUCCUAAAAUGAAGUGUGGAUACUGUAAUCUUGGAUGCUGUUUGUAAAAUUCAGUACAUUCUGAGUUCAAUACUGAAAUGUAUUUCACCCACAGAAGCUGAAAGGAGGAAGUCUUCGCCUCCCAUGAUUAUAAGAAUGAAAGAAUCUCUAACACUUUGUUUACCCAGAUUUAUUUGCACUUUUUUGAAUUUAACCCUUAUGAAUUCACACU